UCAUAUCAACUCGGUAUCAAAAAUCGAAUGGAUUCCCCGCGAUGACCACCUUAUAUCAAAACCCAACAACCAAAGACCGAAAUCCGAAAACCGUCAAAAGAACAUCCACCAACUUCAUAAAAAAACAUAUCAUCUGCAAUACCUUUUCUUACCGUCCGUCUUACCGACUUACGACGCUGAGAGAUAAUUAGGGAAUCACCGUCAGAAGAAAGUCGUAUUUGUUAUCUAGAUCGACAUUCAUACCGUCUUUUUCAAACAUCAUUCUAUACCCAUUCGUGAUAACCCUCCGAAACCUCUCAUGCCCAGCUCAUCAAUACAAACUCAAUCCUUAGAUACCAUGACAUCCAAUCUUUCAACAUCAACAGGUCAGAAGCUCUCUUUCCAUACUCACCGCCUUCAAUUUUUCCUAUCUUCCCCUUAUGCAACUACCUUAAAACCCGGUUGUAGUGCAUAUCAUGGCUGUCUUCUAGGGUCAUCUGCUCGCUUCAAUUGACUGAUGCGUUGGCAGAUAUUACAAACGAACAUGAUUCCGCCUCACAAGCUCUGGAAGGUCUUUCUCAACAGCCGCUGAAAACAAGGAUAUGUCGUUAUUUCAGUAAAUCAGGUAAAUUAUAUUGUUUUAUUUUUUAUUCGAGAUCAAUCAAUUGUUAUCUUGAAUAUUUGGAUUAUUUGGAAUAUUUCCAUUGGACUGCCGGAAAUUGGGGAUAAAAGGGAGGGCUUAUUGUCUUGCAUAUGUGUUAUGCAAAGUCGCAUGUUGUGCAGUCAUGGUGGAGAUCCCGUGAUUCACCGAAUAUCGGGGAAAGCGUGGGGUGUACAUGAUAAUGAAUAUGAAUAUGAACUUGGUUGGGGGAUGGAUCUGUUGAACCGUGGCGUUCGUCAUGAGGCGUUUGUAUCACGACCAUUGGCUAUAUCUUGGGUUACACCACGUGAUAUUGGAGACACAUGUGAAAGCAUAUGAAGAGGGAAUUAAGGAUGAGAUGAUAGGAUGAUAGGAUGCUGAUACUGCUUGCUUAGGGAAUUGUCGAGCUGGUGACAGUUGUCCAUUCAUACAUGACCCGACGAAACUUCCUGGUCGUGCCAUGGCAAAUAAAACAGUGCCCGAGGUUUCUCAGGCUUCGACAUCGGAAAUUACACAAGGAGGACCAAAUAUGAUUCAGAAUCAUUCAUCACAAGCUGUCACAAAUCCGGUUCCAGCAUCACGGGUGGUUUCAAAGCCAGUCCCACAAGCACAAACUGAAAAUCCAAGAGAAUUUCAGCUAGGACAGAUGCGAAGACGAUUUUCUCCCAAGGAAAUUCGACCGUCUGGACAUGCCGAGGGUACUACUAUAUUGAGGUUUAAUCUCAUCCCAUCGGAUCCUGACUUCCCUUUUGAGAUGACUGCUUUGGAAUGUUCUCUUACUGUACCUCCUCGGUAUCCUACCUCGCCACCCACAUUGAAGGUGGAAAACAAAGAUAUUCCAAGAGGCUUUGCCAUCAAUGUUGAAAAUGGCUUUGAUGAACUGGUCAAGGCAAAAGAAAAUGCUACCUUAUUGGAAUUGAUGAAAUCCCUGGAUAAACAUCUGGAAGAAUUUCUAUCUGCACAAAAAGCAGAGACAGUCAAAAUUGUCAUGAACAAGGACACGCGACAUCUUUCCCUUCCCAGCAGAGAAGUACAACCUACGGUUACACUGCCUCAGCCUGAAUCUGCAAUAAGAGAAUCAGAACAACCCAAGGUAACUCCAAGUAAACCGAUUGUAAGUUUCACUGCAUCAGAAAAGUCUGAGGCGUCGAAGAGAAGAGAAGUAGAGACCAGACAAUUGGAAGCGAGAAUGGGUAGAUUACCCCUUUACAAGAAGUCCAGUGAUGGAGUUGCUUAUACUAUUCCAAUUGAACCUCGAAAACGCGGGGAAUUACCACCAUCAAUCAAAGCUGUUAAGGUCAUUCAACUUUUUGUACCCACUCUAUAUCCACUAGAGGCUUGUCGAAUCAAAUUGGAAGGAAUUAAUGCCCCGGAAGCAAAGUCUGUAGAGAAAGGGUUUGAAAAGAAAGCUGAAGAAGCACACGCCUUGAACCUGAUGGGCCAUAUUAAUUACCUCGCACAGAAUAUGCACGUCUUGGCGAAGAAUGUUUUGAAUACAGAACCAAAGCCAGUCCCUGUUGUACAAGCAUCACCACCUGUUGUUGAAGAAUCAAAAGAUCUCAAAGGAAAGGGUGUGGCCACUGAAGAAGCUGAGGAAAGGACUCAUAUUCAGUAUAUUGCUCGACCACCUGAAUGGACGAUUGUCAAUACUGAAGAUGCUGAAUAUUCUGACUCCGAUUCAAUGUACUCUUAUGACAGUGGUGAUGAAUCAGAGUCUGAUGAAGGAGGGGUUGGAGUUGAACACGAACCUGAAAAUCCAGCAUCAAAUCCUGAACGUGGUACAGCUAUCUCAUUUCCUUUCAUCGAACUUUAUGGCAUUGAGUUGUUAGAAGUCACUACUCUAAAUAUCACUGUCAAAUGUUCUCGAUGUAGAGAAAUUACCGAAAUUAAAGGUCUCAAGACUGGAGUUGCAAAGACAGAAAGCUGUAGGAAAUGUGCAACCGCACUUGUGAUAUGUUACCGACGAGAUUUGGUUCAUGCAAACAAUGUCCGAGCUGGAUUCUUAGAUCUGGAAGGAUGUGUAGUUGGUGAUAUGUUACCUAGGUCAGUCAUUACAUUUUAUUUUUCCAGAAAAUCCAUCUAACUAUACAAAUAGUACAUUCACACCAACAUGCUCCAUCUGUUCUACCGUCUACCCAUCUCCAGGUAUCGUUUCCAUUCGUGGUGAAACAACCACAAAUGUUUGUAGGGAAUGUCAUUCCAAAUUCACCUUUUCAAUCCCAACCAUCAAAUUCCUUCAAAUUUCCUCCUCAGCAACACCUCACAACCUGCUACCUAGAAAAAAGAAAGAAGCACUCGGUAUCACUCCAGGUACUCCUCUACCAAAAAAUGGUCUCUGUAGACACUAUGGAAAAAGUUACCGUUGGUUUCGCUUUAGCUGUUGUGAAAAGGUAUACGCAUGUGAUAAGUGUCAUGAUGAAAAAGAAGAACAUGUAAAUGAAUGGGCCAAACGCAUGAUUUGUGGAUGGUGUAGUAGGGAGGGACCUUACCGACCAGAAGAGUGUGCAGGGUGUGGAGAGAGGGUUAUUAGCAGGAGGAGAGGAGGAGCGAGUUUUUGGGAAGGCGGAAAAGGGACUAGAGAUAAAACGAAGAUGAGCAGGAAGGAUAAAAGGAAGUAUAGGAGGAUUGGGAGCGGGGUUAAAAAGACUUGAGGGGGAAUGAAUGGGUUUGUGGUUGGGAAGUAUGAUAUCAUAUCCUGCAUGUAUCCAUGUACCCAAGUACCAAUGUACAUCCAUCUCCCUCCCACCCAACAAAUCCAGAACCCAACAGACUCCCCCAAACAACGAUCUAGAACCUGCACCGACAA